CGCACGGACCAUAUUCGCUUACGUGGUCUACCCAUUCCGGGUAAUCGGGUAAUCCAUAUCCCCUCCUUGGAAUUUCUCUAUCAUUCUGUCUUUAUCACUUGUUUGCGCCUACAAUUCUUUACGAGCACGAGUCAUUUCAAAGUUUGGCCGUUUUACCACCACCAAUUAAGAGUUCUAGUUCGGUGGUCAUGGUUGGGGUUCCGUCUCGAGACCAUAAAGAGUCGUCUCGGGUUAUCGACUUUCCGUGGUGGGUCGGAUUUUGGGCUAAAUAGUUAUCUUAAACCUAUUAAAUAUUAGUUGGAGCGAUUUAUUAAUGGCUUAUUAUUUAAUUAUAGUGGUCGCAAAUGAAUCGUUUGAAUUAGAUACGAGUCUGGUCAUAAAAAGUUUUUUCCUUUGUGUUUUGAGUUGCAUUGAGACAGUUUUGUCGGAUCAGUUUUGAUCCCAUUUGAGUCAUUCGCUCGUUUAUGGAAAUUAAUUAAUAACACAAAGAUUUAACGUGGUUCACUAAAAUAUAUGUGUUACUAAGGUUUCCAAAGACACAAGAGAGGAGAGUCUUAUUGUUCUUGAGGAAUUACAUAAUGAGGUUAGGUUAUGAGUUAUGACUUAGAGAGAGUAGUCUUGGAGGUACAGGUGUCAAUUCUCAAUCCGAUCCAAUAAACACGAUGGUUUUGUCCGACCGUUUAGAAUCUGAACCGUUUAGAACCCGCGAGCUAAGAUCUGAAAUCUGAUCCGGUCCGAUUAUAUUCAACCCGAAUCCGACACAACCCGUUAAUAUUGAUCUGAUUAAGAUCUGAAUCCGAUAACAGCCCGAUAUGCGACAAUCCGAAUCCAUUUGAUAUGAACUAAAGCGAUCCGAAACCCGUUUAUGAUCCGAUCCGUUUGAACCCGAAUCCGUUCCAACCCGAGGAAAAUCCGUAUAAUCCGAUCCGUUUAUACACUAGUAGAAAAAACCCCUGUUGCAACCCCCUUGUUGCAGCGUACAUGUGUUAAUACGCUUCAACAACCAGUCGGUCAACGCGGGUCAAACCCUUUAAAGGGUUAUUGCAGCGUACAAUUUAAUUGUUCCCUGCAAAAAAGUUUGUUGCAGCGUACAUUUUAAAAGCCCGCUGCAAUAGCUCGUUUUUGUUGCAGCGUACUUGUUAAAGCCCCCUGCAAUAACCCGGGUAAAAAAAAAUUCGCUGCAAUAUUCGUUGAAACUAAUUCAAAACAAAUUAAGCAUCUCUCACUCUCAACUCCCUUCUUCUCCCUUAACUUUCCCUGCGUCAUCCCCUCAAAAAAAAACCCUUUCUCUUCGUCGGUGGUUCUAGCCUCCUCGCCAGAGGCCACCUAUUAGCUUGCUCGGCCGUUUUGAUUCUGCCUAUCAUUCUGCCUUUUGAUUUCGAUUCCAAUUUCACAACUAGGUUUUGGUAUUGUAGAUGUCGAGUUGCAAUUUCUAAUCAAUUGGAAUUGCGGAACUUGAUUUUGGUGGAUUCAUACAUUUAAUUUUUUUUGUUUGUUUGAGUCCUAUUCUUGAUGUGCGGAAAAGGAAGGCGGUUCGAUUGAGCAAAGAUGUCGACUCCAAACGUCGCCAAAUUAACAAUGGGCUGUCGUUCAUAGAGCUAAGAACUCAAAAUAUUCAGCUGAUGAGGAUAUGGAGGAGACAGAUGUUAAAGAUCCAAAUUUAAAGCAAUCUCUGGAGUCUGCUACUUCUCAGAUUAGCCAGCUAGCUCUUUCUAAUAGUCCUACUGGUAAAUCUUCACUGAAUUCUAUUGUGGGAUCAGAUACGGCCAAUGCAGGUGUAGAUAUUGACUUUUUGACUUUUUAUGUCUGUACAUUGAUGAUUUGGUUUCUUAGCAAGAGAGUAAUAUUAUUACCUCCAAAAUUUGGAGAUCUGAAGUUUGGGGUCUAUUUAAAAUCUGGUGGAUUUCUGAUUGGAAGAACUGUGGCUGUUUUGAUAACUAUGACGAUUGGGACCUCGAUGGCUGCUCGUCAAGGUCCUCUAGCUAUGGCUGCUCAUCAAAUCUGUAUGCAAGUGUGGUUGGCUGUCUCUCUUUUAACUGAUGGAUUGGCCGCAUCUGGUCAGGUCUACACUCCGAGGAAUGCGCCUACUAGUGAGGAAAUUGAUGUGGUUCGUGAGCAACGGGCUAAGUGUUUUACCCGCAAGUAUUUACUAUUGGCUUGAGCGCGCUUGAUCGAGGUGGUUUAGUUGUUAUAGAACAAUCGUUCCAUUAAAAUGUAUGCGUACAUUGAAAUUGGAACGUAUAUUUGAAUGUAGU